GUGAGACAGUCGCAGUGUGCAGUCCGUGAUUCUUCAUGACACGCGUGUCUGCAUCCCCAGCGCGCGCAGGACUUGACGCAAGAGGACUAUAAAACAACCAAAACGAGACUUUUAACAGAGCCGGACACGCAUUGAGGGUGAUGCCAACAUCCAGAGAUCAUCUGCGCUACCAUCAUCACCACAACCUGAAACCCGAUCUGCCCGGGACUGACACCGCGCACGCAUCUGCGUUCUUUCCGCUGCUGUGUUUCCAGCGGACGAUGUGAAGACAUUCCCAAGCGAUGCAUUUCUUGCGCGUGUGCCAGCUGACUGGGACGCGUUUAAAUCAAUGACAUCAGUUACACGAGGAGAUUAUUUUUGUGAAAACACGGACUGGGAAGUGAAGAUACCGACGCCUGCACUACAGAUUUAUUUCAGUGAAGAUCACGAGGACUUCAUACGGCCGAAUAAUCGCUCGGAAUUCGCGAAUAUACUCAAUAUCUUUUCAUAUAAUUUUUCAAACUGUACUAGAUUGUAAAAGUGAUUUUGACUUUAUUGUGUUAAUCUAAAAUUGUUUUAUAUUGCAACAUCUAAGAUCAACAUUUGGAUUUUACGGUAGUGAAUUGACCAAACUAUUAGGUUACACCAGUUACAUCGAGUAAAAGUAUCUCUGUGGGGUAACAACUAAACAGUUUUACUUUUUUGACAGUGGGUGGAACCUACUGGAAAGCUGUGUUGACACUUGUGCUCGUGAUUUUGAUGGGAUAUUUAAACCCUUGUUUCAGAUCUUCAUCAUUUGCCUUCAGGUUAAUCUGUAAAGAUCAACUAACCAUCUAAACGCUCCUCAACGAGUACUUUGAAAAAGACCCUCGCGAACCAUGGAUCUCAAAACCGAAUCAGACGAUAACCUGGACUGCGAGCGUCCAGCACCCAUCGAGGUGUUCGCCAGCCGCUCGACCCUUCACGGCAUCUCGCAUGUGUUCAGUUACGAACGCCACUGCGUUAAACGCUUCAUUUGGAUCUUGUUUUUCCUGGGCUCGUUUUCGUUUCUCGUGAUGGUGUGCGUGGACCGCAUCAAGUUUUACUUCCAGUACCCCCACGUCACGAAGCUGGACGAGGUCACGGCACAUACGAUGACGUUCCCCGCCGUGACCUUCUGCAACCUGAACGCUUUCCGCUUCGACAGCGUGAGCCGCAACGACCUGUAUCACGCAGGCGAGCUGCUCGCGCUGCUAAAUGGCAGGUAUGAGAUCCGGGACACACACCUGGUGGAGGAUAGCGUCCUCAAGACCCUGAAGGAGAGGGCGGACUUCUCCAGCUUCAAGGCCCGCCCCUUUAACAUGCGCGAGUUUUACGACCGUGCGGGUCACGACAUCAAAGAGAUGCUGCUGUCCUGUUACUACAGAGGAGCGGAAUGCAGCGCUGAGGAUUUCAAAGUGAUCUUCACCCGCUAUGGAAAGUGCUACACAUUUAACUCCGGUCUGGACGGCCGGGAUCUGUUGAUCACUAUGAAGGGCGGGAUGGGGAACGGCCUGGAACUGAUGCUGGACAUCCAACAGGACGAGUACCUGCCCGUGUGGGGCGAGACCGACGAGACGUCGUUCGAGGCCGGGAUUAAAGUUCAGCUCCACACGCAGGACGAGCCACCCUUCAUCGAUCAGCUGGGAUUCGGUGUGGCUCCGGGAUUCCAGACGUUCGUGUCCUGCCAGGAACAAAGGUUGACGUUUCUUCCUCCGCCGUGGGGCGACUGUAAAUCAUCAGCUAUGGAUUCAGAUUUCUUCAGCACGUACAGCAUUACGGCCUGCCGCAUCGACUGCGAGACGCGUUAUCUGGUGGAGAACUGCAACUGCCGCAUGGUGCACAUGCCUGGAGACGCUCCGUACUGCACACCGGAGCAGUAUAAAGAGUGCGCCGAUCCGGCUCUAGAUUUUCUGGUGGAGAGAGACAACACCUUCUGCGUGUGCGAUACGCCCUGUAACACCACGCGGUACAGUAAAGAGCUUUCUUUCGUCAAGAUCCCCAGCAAAGCCUCCGCUAAAUAUCUGGCCAAGAAGUACAACAAAACCGAGCAGUACAUCGCAGACAACAUAUUGGUUCUGGACAUCUUCUUCGAGGCUCUGAACUACGAGACCAUCGAGCAGAAGGCGGCGUACGAGUUGGCCGGGCUUCUUGGUGACAUCGGUGGACAGAUGGGAUUGUUUAUUGGAGCGAGUAUCCUCACCAUACUGGAGCUCUUUGACUAUCUGUAUGAGGUGAUCAAGUUUAAAUUGUGUCGCUGCACGAACAAAAAGCAGAGGGCCAAUAACAACGAGAGAGGAGCCGUUCUCAGCCUGGACGAUGUAAAGCAUCACGCUCCCUGUGACAACCUUCGUACCCCAUCGACGUACCCAGGCAACAUGCUACCUCAUCAUCCCGGUCAGGGUAACUUCGAAGACUUCACCUGUUGAGAAACACAAGAGCGUCCGUGUGAUGGAGAUCAGAACAUCAGAGCAUCACAGACCCAUCACGACCAUUACAAAACACGUGGAACCCAACAACACAGGAAGACAAAUACGGAACCAAUUCUGCGUAUAUAUUCACAUGAAAAUGUGCGGAACUUUUUUGCUGAACGUGUGAAGGAAAUACUGCCUCAAAAAUCUGACUCCCGGAAGCCUCGUGACGGUGGAUCUUCUGACGAGGACUUUCUCGUAUCGUGACUCGGACAUCCAAUCAGCCUCUCGCAGCUGGACCCUGAUGCCUUUGUGUACAUAGCGACUGUUCUAAACUGUUCUCAGAUCAGCGGCUUACGUAGAUCAGUAGAUAAAUAUAGCGCUUAAGGCCCGAUUCACAUUUCGCGUCUUUUGAAAUAGGGGGCGACUAGGGGGGCGACUCUUUUUUUCAGGCGCAUCGGCGCCGCAUCGACAUGAAAAAAUCUCAACCUUUCAGAAAGCCACAAGCGCACCGCAGGUCAUGUGUCAAGAACCAACCAGCCAAUAGACGAGCUCGAUGAAGAUGGAGACACAGAUGAUCACAGCAUAACUAAAUCUAGUAGCAGAGUUAUUGCAAGGUAUUUUCAGUGCAUAUAAUCCAUAUAUCCUUUGUUUAUACCUCCUCGUCUCAACGGCUAUCAUGGCCCAUGGUUGCUUAGCGACGACAGAUGCCAGGAGAGCACAAACUUCAGGCGCUUUGGAAAAAAAAGGUGAACGCAGUGCAGCUCGCGGUUUUAGACGUGAAAUGUGAAUGGGGCCCAACUCACUGUAUGUAGCCUCAUGAUAGUCUCGCUCAUUCAGUAUCUCAUGAGAAUGUAAAUCUUCUGAACGCAGAGUUCAGAUUCAGCUGUGUGGAGUUCAUCCUGUAAAUGCAUGCUGGUCGUCCUGUGCAUGCUUUUCUUUUCAUUUACAUUUCAUCAUCAUUAUUAUUAAUAUCGGCAGUUGCCUCCAUUCUAAACAGGCUUCAGAAGACGCUAUAGUUGAGUUUGUGUGUGUGGAUACAAUUUCUCUAAAUGACCCUAAAAUGAUAAGACAGCAGCAUCUAUGAAGUCUUCACGAGGAAACGCAGUUCAAACAGAACGAGAAUAAUGUGUUUCAUUGAGUUUGGCUGUUUGUUUUAUUUGGAGACACAAUAUCAACAUGUGAACAGCAUUCAUAUCAUGUAGAAGGAUGUACGAAGGUUUACAAAUCUCCUUUAUGUUCAUAGAAUGUUGAAAUUGAUUUUAUUGACAUUGAAUGAUACAUUUGGGUGACAGAUUUGUUAAGUGUGUACUGAGUGUGUAUCUAAACAAAGGUAUACAAAACAGGUGUGUGGGUGUGUGCACCUUCAUUUUUGUGUGAUGAUGUGAAGAUGUUAGCACGUACGUGUGUGUGUGUGUGUGUCUUCAUUUGUGUGUGAUUGUGUGAAAGUUUAUUUGUUGUGUGUGUGCGCACAUUCAUUUGUGUGUGUUUGGAUGAAGAUGUUUACACGUACGUGUGUGUGUGUGUCUUCAUCUGUGUGUGAUUGUGUGAAAUUUUACUUGUUGUGUGUGUGGAUGUGUGUGUUUAUAUACAUGGUUUAUGAGGACACAACUCUGUGUAAUGACAUGUGUAUAACAACGUAAACAUGGUUUACGGGGACACUUCCCGUGUCCUCGUAAACUAAAAUGCUUAAAAACAUACUAAAUGAUAAUUUUUUUUAAAGAAAAAAAGACAAAGGUUUUAUGUGAUAUUAGGGUUAGGGGUAGGGGUUAGAGUUAGGGAAUAGAAUAUACAGUUUGUUCGGUAUAAAAAUCAUUACGUCUAUGGAGAGUCCUCGUAAACCACAUAUGCAAGCAUGCGUGUGUGUGUGUGUGUGUGUGUGUGUGUGCGUGUGUGUGUGUGUGUGUGUGUGUGUGUGUGUGUGUUUCUUCGUUUGAAUUCUGUUCAUGAAAGUGACCUGUUGAUUGUUUAUUUGACUUUUGUCAUGGCAGCGACAUAUUUGUCAGCAUCAUAUCAAAGCACAAAGACCACUGAUAUGUAAAGGAUGAAGAAUGAUCAAAUAUUAUUAUCAGUGUUAUUACCAUUAUAUUCAGCUGGUUCAUAAUACAACCUUUAACUCUUUUGUUGUUGUUUUUAGGACAAACACACAUAUUGCCUGACUGUCCGUCAGCAUCUGCAGAUAAUAGGCUGUUCUAUUUAUCUAUGAAGAUAUAAUAAAUAUCAU